GGCGUGUCCGCGCAUGCGCUCGCCUGGCUUGGCCUCCCGUCGCCUUGCGCGCGCCCACCGUUGGCCUCGGCGCGGUGCGGGAGAGGGGCGGGCUCAGCGGCGCCGCGCCUGCGCGCGGGGAGGCCGGGAGUGGCUCCGCGGUGCGCGCAGCUGCCGCCGUGGCGUGGAGCCGCAGAUGGAGCCUCCCCCAGGCACAGCAGAGAAUUCUAAGCUGAGACAUGUAGAAAAAGAUGUUUUGAUUCCACAAAUAAUGAGAGAAAGGGCCAAGGAACUGUGUUCAGAUAAAGUGCAAGCAUUUACUAAAUGCUGUAAAGAAACUGGUUUUCUUAUGGUGGUGAAGUGUCGGCAGGAGAACACAGCACUGAAGGAUUGUCUGGUUUCUUACUAUACUGAUCCAGCUUUCUAUGAAGAAUGCAAAACAGAGUAUUUGAAGCAAAGAGAAGAAUACAGAGCAACUGGAAUUAAGAAGAAAAAACAGAAGCUUCCUUCAAAUGUCUAGUUGAAUCUUACAAUGAAGUUUUGAAAUUCUGCAUCCAACUUUGAUUUGACUGAUUUGAACAGACUUCUUAAAUCAUCUCUAGCACUCUGAGUGGAAUUUAACUGAAAUACACAGUGAGAUGUAUGGAGAAGAAAAUAUCUGAACUUAAAAAUGUUUAUUUUAUAUAAUUAAUGAUACAAAGCAUGCUGUCACAGUUUGUGACAUUACAAAGGUCUGUUCCUCUCCCUGUGGACUUGAGAUUUUUAUGAUCCUGUGUUCGAGAGAGUGUUACUGAUAUACAUGAUACAUAGCAAUCUGCAUAACUUAAGGGUGAAUAAUUUAAGUGGUACUGACACUGAUCACAAAUUAGGUAUACCCUAAAAUCAGUCUGUUUUUCAUCUGAAGUUAGGGGUAUAUAGCAAUCAACUGAACUGUCCCUGGAAGGAAGGAAUACAAAGAAGUACAUUUCUUGCCUGUGGAAGGAGGCUGAGAUGCUGGUAGAGCUCAGUAAAGAGUACUGACUUCCAAUAGCAAAAGGUGAAUGGGGAGAAGGAGAGACAGAGCAAAAGGCAUAGCAGGGCUAAUGACCACUUUAAACAUGUUGUAUAGCUUGCUUUCUAUUUUAAACAGAAUAAUGCUCCUGCUAGAGGACAAGCAUGGCAAAUUGGUCCAAGAAGCUCUUGCACAAUUUUCUUUAUCUUUUUUGUUAAAACAUUGAGAGCGCCUGGUAGUACUACUGUGAGACUACAGUGAGACUCAUUUUUUAAGUCUGCAUUGUCAGAAGAGAGGGAUGCAGUGUGCCUGUGCUUAGCCCCAGGCUGACUGCUUUGACUCCAGAAGAAAAAGAAGUCUUCUGGUCUAGACCUCUCUUGAGAAUGGGAGAGGGCACAUACUUUGAAGGCCAGAACACGAAGAGUGUUAUCCUCCUCCACUUUCCUCUUUUAGAAGGAAGAUGAUUAUCUAAACUUCUACACUUCAGGAGUGAAUGACCACACUUGCAAAAUUAUCAUGGGUAGUGAUAAGCAAACAACUAAACCACAAAUGUAAGGUGCAGGUCAAUUCUUAAACAUCUAGUAACAGUAACUGUUAAAAAAAAAAAAAAAACAAAAAACUACUAGAGCAUGCAAGCAAGUCCCUAUUUAAAAAGGGGUCUUUCAAGGUCUUCUGUAUAUGGACCUUUGAAGCAGCUUAACUGUAGAACUCUCACAUAAAUGGCUUCACUAGAGAUUGUGCUUAAAGCUCUGCUAUUUUGGGGCACCUUUUGAAGCAUUUUGAAAUGAGUAAGGAAUUUCUUUACAAGUAAAGCAAGUCUUCACUCAUGACAGUUACUUACAUGGUAGCUUUCAUGCUCUGAUAAAAAAAUGCAUUAUUUAGUCUGAGCAAAUAGUAGCAUUUGUUACUUUUCCAUCAAAGAUGUGUGCAGAAUGUAACUUCUUCCUGUUUGUACUGUUUCACCACAAAUAGGUACUGCUAUAAAGCUGUUCAAACUGGAAAUUCAGAUCAGUCUUUCAAAGAAGCAUGUGGGUGAAGUACUUGAAUUAAUUUCACAGGUUAGUCCUUGCCCUUUAAUCUGUGCCUCUUACUGGAAUAAUCAAUAAUAAUAAUGCUUCUGCAGAUCAGCUGAAGGAUUAGGGAGUGCUUGUGAACAGAAGACUGAAAAGAUGUAUAGUAUGCUGGCUCGUUAGGCAAAUCUGUGUGGCAGUCAGCUCUAAAACUAAUGACUGUAAAAUAGUUUCUGUGGACUCAAGUUUCCUGCACCUGUACUUGCUCUUGGCUUCCCAGUCUGAGCAAUUUGGAAGUGAUUAUAUCAAUUAGUGGAAAAUAAAGUUUUCCACAAGUUUAAAAAGGGAAACUUAAGGUAGCUCAUGAGAUGUUUUUAAGGACAGCAGUUUUUCUGUUCUCCAUUAUGAAAAUCUGCUACAUUUGUAAAUCUCUAAAAAGAGAACCUGGCUGUUCUUAACUUUGUUAUAGGCACUUCCAAGGAAGAUUAGGGCUGUGGCAAGCAUUCUCUAGGAGGCAGUGCCAGGUGCUGCCAGUGGUAGGUGCCUUCACAGAGGGCACAUCUGGGUCUUACUCAGCCUUGUGCCACAGGUGGCAGAUACACACAACAGCACCAGCAACAUAUUUCUCCUUUGCUAGUGUAGCAGAAGGUGUGUUCAGCUGGUGAGGGGGAACCCCAGUGCAUUGACUAGUAUGGAUGGUGACAAAUUAAUAGCUGUAAUGGAGCAAAGCCCUUUAAACCUACAAGUAUUAUUCCUUCACCAUUUUACAAGUGUGUUAUAUGAAGGACUACAAACACUUCUGAGGUGAUAGAUCUACUGUCAAGCCUGAAAUUGCAUGUACUGAAUUAUGCUGUUAACUAUUACUUUCUCUUAAACCAAUUCCUAGUUAAACAUGUAACAAUGUAGGUUAUUGCAACUCUUUCUUUGUUUACUGUGGCACUUACUUAUAGCUGCAUUCUGCUCUUUGCUGUGGCACGGACAUCCUCUGUAAUACACCCGUGGCCUUAAUUUGAUGUUUCCUAGUUCUGAAUUCUUGAUUUCACACCUUUCACUUUCUUAAUGUCUUAUGCAUUAUCCUGGAUUUUAAUUGCAUUUACAUCUUUUAUUUAAAUGAAAGAAUGAGUACUAUGAAAUGACAAACUCUACUAGUAAAUUGCUUUGGAUUUUG